AUGGCCUACAAUCCACCCAACCAUGACGACGGAUAUGCCAGCAAUCGCGGGGUGAUUUGUCACGAAAUCUGCUAUGGCUGUUCAACAGAACGUUUCGCUGUCGCAAUUAGAGCUAUUCUCUGUAUCGUGACCUUGGGAAUCUCCGAAGCUCUUCGCGGCAAAGACGGUUGGUGUUCUCCAUGCUUAGAGCAACCGAACGCUGCACCUACUCCCCGACGGAGCGUUUCGCAAAGCACAUCGUAUGUUCAUCAGCAACCAACGCAACAUCCACCAAUGGAAUUGUCUGUUCCAAUGGCUAGCCCCACGAUCUUCCCACCGCCGCUUUCGGUGCAAGGUGGACUGUCGGAUCAUCGAAGUCAGACACCUUCUUACGGACAUGUGUCUCUACCCUCUGAUGUGCCUAAUUAUACCUACGUUCAACAACAGAUACAACAACAGCAAUCGCAAGGUUUUUCAGAGAGUCAACAGCAGCCGCUACCUCAGGUCCAACCACAACCUCCCCAGGAUCAACAAGUCUACUCCAAGUUCCAACAACAACAACAACAACAACAACAACAACAACAACAACAGGAGUUAGAUCAACUUCAACAGCAGCUGCAGCAGCUACCGCUACAAUAUCAUCAUCAAGUCCAGGAAUACGGAGAAUUCCAACAGCAACCUGCGUCGCAAUUACAGUAUUCUCCCCCUCCUCAAGAAGCCCAGUGGCAACAGCAGCAGCAGCAGCAAACGUAUCAGCCGCCCAUUCGAAUAAAUUCACCCGUCUACCAGCAAAUCGCGCCGCCAAAUAUGACCGUGAAUAUGUCCCCAAGUACCACUAUGAUUAGUCCAGGUUCACUCCACCCAUCAGUUAUGACCAACCCGCCAGCUAGCGUAACCAGCACUCCCGGGAGAAAGCCAGUUAACAUUGCCUAUACCCCUCCGCAGGAAGUAUAUGUUCAACCUAUUGUACAGAUAAAGCCGGAGACAAAGAGUCCGGGUUCUGCAUCCAGCGAUUCGAGCUAA